ACAGUAGAUCUAAAACGAGGGACAUUCGCACUACUGUCAAAUAAUAUUUGUGUGUAAACUUCAAUGAUUCAUUUCUAAUUCCUACAAUUCUUAAAAUAUCAUGGAUUUGUCCAAAGUGACCAACGAAAAAAAACUGAUUUUAUGCCGUUGGUAUUUCAGAGUGGGCUUUGCUUUUUUACCAUUCAUCUGGACCGUUAAUGCGAUUUGGUUUUUCAAUGAGGCGUUCAGGAAGCCCGAAUACGAAGAACAGAAGCAAAUAAAACGAUAUGUUAUAUUCUCAGCACUGGGAUCAUUAUUAUGGAGUAUUGCUUUGAUAACGUGGGUGUCAAUAUUCCAAAUCAAUCGGACGAGUUGGGGAGAAUUUGCUGACGACAUUUCAUUUAUCAUUCCCUUAGGGUCACCCUAGAACUUAUUUAAUUAUUGUAAACACAAAAGACUUACUUUAUUUUACCUUAUAUUUAUACAAUUAAUAAAUAAAUAUUGAUAUCCUUA